GCUUCGAUAUGUAUAUUACGAAAUAGAGGAGACACGGUCAUCACGUGCAUCCGCAAUUGGUCGGAGAUUGAAAUAUCGAAACGCAGCCAAGUUUACCGGUCUCCAUCAUGGAUGCCGCCUGUCCCACCAAUAUCAAGGAGCUCUUAACGUUCCUUCCAGAUCAACCUAAGCUGCAUUUGGAGGUGAAAAGUUCGACUUGGACUGCAGAUUAUACAGCCAAAGACCCUCCCCCUCCGAAAUAUCGUUUCAUCUCCUCCCGGAUAUACCCCGAUCUCCUCCUAAACCUCAAAGAGUUCAUCAGUGGAGUGGUCAAUGACCUCAAUAUUGGAGAAGUGUCAUGUCAGUCGAUGCAGCAUGCCUUGAAUAAUAUGUCAGAGGUGUGUUUCCAGAACGAGACCCAUGUGAGCGAGUAUGACGGCUAUGUCGCUGAAGCAGUGCACCCUGUUGUCGAGGCUAUCGCUGCAGCUGCUGGUCUCGCAGGUGGCAUCUGUGUGAAGCGCGAACCUGUCACUAUAUCCCAAUGGUCCCAGAUAGGUGAUUUCAACUUUAUUGUUGGCCGACGGAACAAGACCGAGGACGGUCGCUUUGAAAUUGUGCCCCUAAAAGCCUGUUCUGAUGAGGAUAAGGGUUAUUGGGUGCUGCUUUCAAAGACGGAGGCAUUGAGUAUGCCAUUCAGUCUUGAUGCCACUCAGAAGCAAACUGGUGCCAAGGCCAUGGUUGCGAAACUCGCACUGCGGAUGGCUGUUGCAGACGCCGAGUUUGGCUUGUUCUUUGGUGGAUAUAUCGCGAUUGCUGCACAGCUUAUAAAGUCUACAGACCCCUCUCGUCCGGGACUCAUUCUCCUGCUUUCGCCUGCGUUCAGACUUUCCAACGAGGCCCUUCCAAUCCCAGAAACGCUCACGCCGUUUCAGGCGGACAUCCAACCCGAACCGUUCCUUGCCAUACUUGUCGCUAUGCUAUGCGCCAAUCUGAUUCCUGGACAUGAGGUCAAGAGCCCGCCUGCUUCUUUUUACCAGCCUCUGCAGUUAAUUCCAGAUGAAGGGGAUGAACGCGACUCGGGUGAUAGUGGCGAGGAUCGAGAUGGGAUCCCUGCAUGUUCUGUUCAAGUUGGAACCAAUGCUAUGAUAUUGCAGCAUCCAUGGUUAAACUGUAGCGACAUACAUCGUAUUUCUAUCAUUGGAAACCCAUCUCAACGUCUUUUUAGAUGUUCAGACCAUCCUAGCAGUGAAGAACUCCGUUCUCUCGACGAAACCACUCUAACAGUUCUCCCUUUGCAGCCAAGGAACCUACUUGGUGCUCCCCACAUUCCGUCAACACAUGUUGACACAGUGAUUCUUCUCGAACAGAUUCGAGCGAGUAGGUGGAGCAGCAUAUACUCUUGUCGCGUCGAAGGUGCCGACAAGAAGUGCAUUAUGAAGCUCGUGUCGGAAUGUCACUCGGAGAUGGUCUUGCGUGAGCUAUACAUGUACGAGGUGGUGCUCAAGGGGUGUUCCCUCGUCCCUCAGUUUUAUGGGACGUUCCAGAGGCCGGCUGGUGGCUGGUUUGGGUUCUUGCUCGAGAACGUUGGGGAGAGUCUUGAGGAUGUGUAUGGCUCGGAGUGGGAUGAUGUGAAGAUGGAUUUGGGUGUGGUGGAGUGGAAAAAUCUCGUCGAUUCAGUGAAGAAGCUGCACUCGUUGGGUGUCAUGCAUGGAGAUCUCGAACCGCGGAAUGUGGCGAGGACUGGGGAGGGGACGUUCAAGUUUUUUGAUUUUGGACGGUCGGAGGUCCAUCGUUGUCGAAAGGGUGGGUGUGAGGAGGUGAGAGAGUUGUUGGAUGUGUAGAGUGGUUGCGUUCACGGUCCGGCAGCCAUGGGUAAAUGUGUUACGCGCAUUAUAUAGGUUCAAGUGUAUUAGUUACCAAUGUCAGUGUUCUUCCGGAGAUAAACUUUUGGACUAGGUAAUCGGAGGUCCUGAUUCGGGUGACUCUGGACGUUUUAUAGACGUGA